AGCAGCGUGGAGAGGGUGAAGUGAAGUGGAGGAUUUUCAGAGCCGCAGCAGACCAAACACUGAAGGAGAGUAAACAUGCCGAGGUCUUUCCUGGUGAAGAGUAAACGGGCCCACAGCUACCACCAGCCUCGGUACCUGGAUGAUGACUACAACAGGCUGGAUACGAUUCUGGCACACGUGUGCGCAGAAACCAAAUCUCAGGCGGAGUUUGAGUCGAGCUUGGAGCCGCAGGAGGAUGUGAGCGGCGGCGCACACAGGCUGCCCGCCGGGGCCAGGCUGCUGUCCCCGGGGUCGCUGUCCUCCAGCUCCCCGCUGAGCUGCGGAGGCAGUGUGUGUGACCGAUCCUCCGACUGUGAUUACUGGUGUCCCCCGUCCCCGUCCUCUUCACCAGAUUCAGAUAAAUGCUGCACUCCAGCUGAGGACGGGAACCCCUUCGACUCCCCUGUCUUUCCUUACUCCUGGACGGCGUACUCGGGCUCGGAGCUGAGGCAUCUGGUCCAGGGGCCAUAUCAUCGCCAUAGAGAGCUUCACUCACCGGGUGGCCUCUACCGUGCAGAGGACAGCGGCGCAGAGCCUCUUUACGCACAGCGGGGCCCGGUGUCCGAAUGCUGUCAGGACUUUUCUUCAACGGCCAGCCAGAUGUGCAGGAUGCGGGACGGGGACGAGCUGGAUGUAAAGCAGAAACCUCGCGUCGCGGAAAUCAAGUCUGAAAAUGAUUUUGUCUGCUCUAACAUCGAUUCCAGUGGAUCCUUUAAAUGCAUGAAAUGCUGCAAGUCGUUCUCCACGCCCCACGGGUUAGAGGUGCACGUGCGGCGGUCACACAGCGGCACGCGGCCGUUUGAGUGCGGAAUCUGCGGGAAAACCUUCGGACACGCAGUGAGCCUGGAUCAGCACAGGGCGGUUCACUCUCAGGAGAGGAGCUUCAGCUGUAAAAUCUGCGGGAAAAGCUUCAAGCGCUCCUCCACGCUGUCCACGCACCUGCUCAUCCACUCUGACACGCGGCCUUAUCCGUGCCAGUACUGCGGGAAGAGGUUCCACCAAAAGUCAGACAUGAAGAAACACACAUUCAUCCACACAGGUGAGAAGCCGCACAAGUGUCAGGUGUGCGGGAAGGCCUUCAGUCAGAGCUCCAACCUCAUCACGCACAGCAGGAAGCACACCGGCUUCAAGCCGUUCGGCUGCGACCUGUGCGGGAAGGGUUUCCAGAGGAAGGUGGACCUGCGGAGGCACAAGGAGACGCAGCACGGACUCAAAUGAGCAGGCUGCCAUGCUUCAGCACUUACUGAACUCUGACUAUUUAUAUGGUCUUGUUUUAUUGUUAUUCUAUUGUUUGUUGUUACAACAUUUUAGACUGUACACAUUGCUUCAAGAGGAGAAUGCUCUUUUUGUUAAUAGUUUCAAAAAAAGAAUGAUCACAUUUUAUUUAACCGAUAUGCCAGGAAUUAAUCAUACAUUUUUGGAGCUCAGUUUUAUUUGAAAAUAGGAAUCGAAAAGCCUUUCUACAUUUAUCAUGUUUUCAAAUGAUAAGACAAUAUCCCACACUGAAAAAAAUGAAACGUUGAUUUACAUUUAUUAUGUCAACAGAUUACACAUGAUUGUAUUAGGCUAGUUGAAAGCAAUGCUAUUAAGUUGAACCUAAUGUUUUUUAUUUAAACUUAAUAUUAUUUUCAACAAACCUAGUGUAAUCUGUUGACAUAACACAUUUACAUUAAGACAAUGUUUCACCUUCUUCAGUGUACAUCAUGUAGAUAUCUUUAAGGUUUUGACAAUAACAUCUUUAAAUAAUGGUUUGAAUCCUCCUUUCCCCGAUCCACAGAUUGUAGGAACGUUGUAAAAAACGAGAAGCUGUGUUAAUCUAAGCAGGCCAUCAAUCACGUCCCCAAUCGGCACGACAGCACAAAGUUAUAUCUCCUCUGUCGAAUAGAAAAACGUUUUGCUGCCUGCGCACCUGCUCCAAACCAAAUAUCUUCAGACACACAUUGUUAACAUACCCAUAUAACAAAUGUCAUUACAGUGUCAUAAAGUUCCACGUGGAGGAAGUCUGAGAAACUUUUAUUACAGCACAGGCUCAAUAAGUAGAAUGUCCAUAUGGUGUUUUCAAGGGGAAAGCUGGGUGUGAUUUAUUUGGCUCUGCAGAGGUUAAACAUCCAGAGCCCUAAAACUUCAAGGAUGUGAUUUGCACACGCUGUACGGUAAUGCUGCGGCACAGAAUCAACAGUAAAACAGCCUGCAGAGCAGCAGGGGGGGUAAUCAGAAACUUUAUCCUGUAUAGGUAUGCAAGUGAUCAUAAAAGUGUACUGAAAUUAAAAUGCACUAAAGGCCCCUGUGACCUUUUCUAUUAUAUUCUUUGGUUAAUAAAAAUGUAUUAAUAUAAAAAGCAGGAUACUGCUAUUGUUAGCAAUUGCACAUUACUUCCUAUCAUUUUAAACUACUUCCUAAUGCUUUUUUAAAUGAUACGUUUAUUUGCAAAUUAUUGUCUUCUAUUGAUUGUUUGGGUUGUAAAAAAUAACAAAUAAAAGUGAAUGCUGUCAAAAA